AUGCCCGGCAUCCCAGUUCAGUUAUUGUUUGCUGAUGAAAAGAAAUGUCCAAAAAGCAGUUUUCAAAAGCAAGUCGGUGAUAGGCGAAGUCAUGAAUUGCUGAAUUCUAACUCAUUUACCAUCAUCCGGGAUGAUGCUUUUGCUGGACUUUUCCAUCUUGAAUACCUGUUCAUUGAAGGGAACAAAAUAGAAACCAUUUCAAGAAAUGCAUUUCGUGGUCUCCGUGACCUGACUCACCUUUCUUUGGCCAAUAACCACAUAAAAGCACUCCCAAGGGAUGUCUUCAGUGAUUUAGACUCUCUGAUUGAACUCGAUUUAAGGGGCAAUAAAUUCGAAUGUGACUGCAAAGCCAAGUGGUUGUAUUUGUGGUUGAAGAUGACCAAUUCCACUGUCUCCGAUGUCCUCUGUGUCGGUCCACCAGAAUACCAGGAAAAGAAGCUAAAUGAUGUACCCAGCUUCGACUACGAAUGUACCACUACAGGUAUUCAGAACCACUAUCACUGAAGACUGUUACGGAGGAUAAUCGCUUUGUUUUUCUUUUAGGUCAUCCACAGGGAAUGGAGAAAAGCGGGUGUAAAGGUGUUCUGUCCAGAUUAUUUUAGGCAACGUUUAAGCGUUCUAAAAGAAAUGAAUUGAUGCGGUCAGGAAAAUAUCUCAGCAGUUUGGAAGGAUUUUUGUUAACUGCCCUUUGCCUUAAUUUUGAUUCUUUACACAAUUCCUAUCUCUCUGACUUUUUUUUUUUUUUUAAAGGGCCAAAGUAUAAACUGAUGAGUUGGGCAUAAGCCCAUUUACAGGUCAGGUUUCAUGGAAGGUCAGUGCAGAGAGGCCCGCAUUCCUGCUCUCGGGAUGAUCCGCUCUGGUCACCCCUCUCCUGAUUGAAUAAUGUGAAGUUUACUGAAUAUUCAGCUAAUAAAUACCAGCCUUUAACAUCUGUAAAUUCCUUUUGUAGUUCUAUGUACAAAGAGAUAACUUGGUGAAUUAUAACCAAUGGCAAAAUAGAAACAUAAGGGAACAAGUAGCUAUCUAAAAAAAACAAAAAAACUCCUAUUGAGGAAAAAUGUACAGAAACUUUGAUUUUGCAUUU